GGCCGAGUGAGCCAGUGUUGUCGGCGGCAUCGGCGCGCGUAGACCGACCGCGUUCGUCCCGUUGGUGCUUCAGUUUCAUGGAUUACCGCCCCCCAGUGGCCACAUCGUCAUCGUCAUCCUCGUCCUCCGCGAGGGGCUGCUAGACCGUCGCCAUGGACAUGAUCACCAUGAACACCGGGCUGGCGGGGGUCGAGCCCGUGGAGGGCAAGUGCGUCCUCGAGGUGCCCGACGACAACCCGCCCCGGCCCCUGACGCCCGUCUGCACCAAGAGCAGGGAGCUGUCCUACCUGCCCGAGCGGCCCCCCGUCGACAUCGAAUUCACCGACCUCACGUACACCGUGCCGCAGGGCCGCAGCGGCUCCAAGAUGAUCCUGCGCAGCGUGUCGGGGCUCUUCCGGUCGGGCGAGCUCACCGCCAUCCUGGGGCCUUCCGGGGCGGGGAAGUCCACCCUGCUCAACGUCCUGGCCGGCUACAAGACGGGUGACGCGACGGGCACCAUCAACAUCAACGGCCGGCCGCGCGACAACGACGUGUUCCGCAAGUUGUCGCGCUACAUCAUGCAGGAGGACCUGCUGCAGCAGCACAUCACGGUGCUCGAGUCCAUGACCAUCGCCGCCGACCUCAAGCUGGGCAACACGCUGAGCCGGGCGCAGAAGCGCACCGCGAUCGAGGAGAUCCUGGACAUGCUGCGGCUCACCAAGGCCCGCAACACGCUCACGUCGCGCCUGUCGGGCGGCGAGCGCAAGCGGCUGUCCAUCGCGCAGGAGCUGGUCAACAACCCGCCCGUCAUCUUCCUGGACGAGCCCACCACGGGCCUGGACGACCUGUCCUCCUCGCAGUGCAUCCAGCUGCUCAAGAUGCUGGCCCGCGGCGGGCGCACCGUCAUCUGCAGCGUGCACACGCCGUCCGCCAAGCUGUUCGACAUGUUCGACCACGUGUACAUCGUGAGCGAGGGCCAGUGCGUCUUCCAGGGCAAGGGCCGGGACAUCGUGCCCUUCCUCGCCUCGCUCAACCUGCACUGCCCCACCACCUACAACCCGGCCGACUUCAUGGUGGAGGCGGCCAGCGGCGAGUACGGCAACCACACGGAGAGAAUGUCCGCCGCGGUGGACAACGGGCGGUGCUACCGGUGGUGCAAAGACCCGCGGACCCUCCAACAUCAAAGUUCCAGGACAGACAUAGUAAAUACAACUCCCAGUGAAAAUUACGAUUUCAGCAGUUCAAGUUUCUUGCAGUUCAGAAUUUUAAUGUACCGAAUGCUACUGCAAAUUUGGCGAGAUUCUGGCUACCUACUACUGGUUACAUCAAUGCACUUCUUUGUGGCGCUAAUAUGUGGAAUGCUGUUUUACCAAAUGGGAAAUGACGGAUCAAAAACCAUUUUUAACUUUGGAUUUUGUUUUACAUGCAUUAUUGUAUUCAUGUACAUUCCCAUGCUGCCAGUUCUCUUAAGAUUUCCUGAGGAGGUUCAACUUCUUAAGCGGGAGUACUUCAAUAGAUGGUACAGCCUGAAUGCCUACUUUUGCGCCAUGACAGUUGCAAGACUACCCACACAGCUCAUUCUAGGGCUCUUGUACAUAGCACUGGUCUACCCCAUCACAGACCAGCCUCUUGAGCCAAUGCGCUGUAUCAAGUUCUGCGUCAUUUGCCUUCUUGUCUCCAUUGUAUCUGAGAGCUUUGGACUAAUCAUUGGUUCUGCCCUAAAUAUUGUCAACAGCAUGUUUGUGGGGCCAGCAUUUUCUGUCCCAUUCAUGCUUCUUGCUGUCUAUGGAAUGGGUAACGGUUCAGAUGAAAAUGCAAUUCCUUUACACUACCGCUUGGCAAUGUCAUUGUCAUACCUAAGAUAUGGUUUGGAGGGUAUUGUAGUGUCCAUCUAUGGUGACAACAGAGCACCUCUUAUUUGUCCUGACACAGAAGUGUAUUGUCAGCUUCAGGAUCCCCGGCAACUGCUCAGAGAGAUGGGGAUGGAGCACUGUGUCUACUGGGUGGAUGUUGUGGCUCUUGUGUCAUCAUUCUUGCUUUUCCGACUACUGUCCUACGUUGUGCUUCGAAUUCGUCUGUCGACCACAAAGCCAAUCCCGGCUGUCACCUUUAUUACCAGGAUGGUUAAGACACACUUAAACAUUAAUUUGCGAUGACCAAUUGGUGAAUAGAGAUAUGUGAAACAGACUGAUUUAAGCCAUUUUUCCAUGACAAAAAUCUGUGAAGCAGGGUAAGAAAAAGCAAAAGAAUGGUGGCUAUUUUUCUUUUUGUCUGAUCUUAAGGUAUUGUAAAGUUUUAUUUAAGCAAACUCAUCUGAUUUUUAAUGUGAGCUCUGCGAAUUAAAUUUAUUUAUUGAAGCAUUGAAUCUAUGCAAUAUAAUGUUUAAAUGUGCAGUGAUUUGAAACAAGAAGAAACUGAUGCAAUGCCAUGAGGACAAUUUUUAUUGAUUUCAAACUUUAGUUUCUUAUUCUCAUAAAGUUCAAAUUAGUGAUGAUGAAGCCUGAUCUUACAUUUGCAAAAGCAAUUACUUGAGAUAAAUUUGCCAAGGUGUUUGUUGGUUUUCAUUAUAUACUAGAGCAUACAACAUACCCUACGUUUCUGUCUUAUAACUACUGUACUAUUUACUUAUGUUUUUCUCUGAAUGCUAGUGAUGUGUGAAUGUGAUAGCUUAUUUGCCACAUUCUUUCAUAAUCAUCUCUUAUGUGAUAGACUAUUAGACUAGACUAGAACUGUUUGUAAAGAACCACAAAGAACCAUUAGUUCUUUUAAGAAAAUUUCAUAAGGAAAAUUAUUAUUUUCUGCCAUGGAUAAUUUUACUAAUAGUAUGUAAUGUUUUUGCUUUAGCGUUUUGAGCAGUUAUAGCCAUACAUCUAAAGUGAAGAACUGUGAUACAUUUUGAAAGAUUGCAAGAAGUGGAUUUAUUAGCAAUCUACCUAUUUUAUAAUCUUAGAUCACUUCAUAAUUUUUGUAAGAUGAACAUUUUUGUGUUGAACGACGUGUUAUCUGAAUGUGUCUUUGAGUUUUUGUUUUAAAAUGAUUUAUAACUGUAAAAAUGAUGAGUGCACAUUUAAUGCAUUCAUAAAUGCUUGUGACAUCCCAUGGCUGACGUAACUCCUAAUGGGAUCUUUUGCUCAACUAUUUUCAAAUAUAUUUUGAUAGCAUUAUUAGCAAGAAUACAAAGUGUAAGUAUAAGAGCGAAUUUUUCAAGGUAUUAUUAAAGAAUAUUGAAUGUUGUUCAUCCAUUUA